UAAUCUAAACGUACACCCAGUCGGGUUAGUCACGUCGCGUCGCGCGGCCCGAGCCGAUUCGAAUUCCAAAUUCAAAUUUUGAAAUGUUCGAAAUGUGAGUGGACCUACAGUGGACCUUGUGACUUUGAACCAGAUAAUGUCAUUAACUAGAUGAUAAGAGUGUUCAAAUGUCUCAAAUUCUGGACCACAAUGCGCCGAAGUAAAACAAAAUGGCGCUAAUCGAAUGUGAGUUACGAGAAAAGCGCGCGCGGGAUGAUUCGAAAUUCAAAAAUAGAACAUCCAUCGCAAAACGGAAAUGGGGGACGGAUGUUUGGUUCCUGUUAGUGAUCUUUGUUACCGGUUGCCAUGGUUACGAGGAACAGAGGUUCGCGAUGGAGCCACAAGAUCAGAGCGCGAUCGUUGGCUCCCGAGUAACGCUACCAUGCCGAGUUGAGCAUAAGGCUGGGACCCUUCAAUGGACCAAAGAUGACUUUGGGCUCGGAACCCAUAGGAAUUUGAGCGGCUAUGAACGAUACUCCAUGAUUGGGAGUGAUGAAGAAGGUGACUAUUCUUUGGAUAUUCGCGACCUGACAUUAGAAGACGAUGGCAAUUAUCAGUGCCAAGUUAGUUCGGGACUUAAUGGUGUUCCAGCAAUUAGGUCAAGAUACGCUCAUCUCACAGUAUUAGUGGCACCAGAUCCACCAAGGAUACUUCAAGGAGCUUUCAUAGAUGCGACAGAGAAUCAGCCAGUUGACAUCGAAUGUGUGUCUGAAGGUGGAAAACCAGCUGCUGAGAUAACAUGGGUUGAUGGUAACCAGAAUGUGAUCAGGAACGGCGUCGAGAAUAAGGUCGAACAGCUGCCAGACGAACAAAGAUAUAGGACGAGGUCACUAUUGCGGUUGAUACCGAGUAUAGCCCACCACAAUCAAACAUUGACUUGCCAAGCUCAGAAUACAGCAGACCGAGCAUACCGAAUGGCCACUAUACACAUUGAAGUGAAAUACGCACCAAAAAUAAACGUAAGCAUAAAGUAUGGUGCUGUAAAUGGCAAAUUUCCAGAAGGUUCCGAGGCCAGAUUUCGUUGUCUGGCUGAUGCGAACCCUGCUGCCCAGGUGUAUCGCUGGUACAUCAACAACAACCCUGUUAUUGGGGACUAUGCCGAUGAAAUGAUAAUUUUCAACGUGUCCCGAAAGCAUAAUAAGGCGGUUGUAAAAUGUGAAGUUAGCAAUUCCGUCGGGAAAAAUGAGGCUUCGCUGACUUUAAAUGUCACUUAUCCUCCAUCAUUUAGGACCCGACCUCGGAACAUAGAAGCUGAGAUCGGUUCGAGUGUAACCCUAAGCUGUGACGUGGAUGGGCAGCCUCAACCGGAAAUCCGUUGGCUAUUUCAUGAACCAGCUCGCAUCGGGCAGGUUAAGGGGAAAGCUCCUAACUUGAAGGUGUUUGUGGAGGAGGCAACAGCUGGACGCUACAUCUGUAAAGCCAGUGUAGAAGGUUACCCUGAGAUUGAGAGCGAAGCAACUAUAUUUAUCAAAGGUCAACCAAAGAUAUUAUCGAACAGGACUCAAGUAGGGUCUGAGGGCGAGACAGUGUCCAUAGAAUGUGAAGCACUCUCAGUUCCCAAACCAGAUGACAUAAGAUGGUACUUUGAAGGGAAAGAGAUUAAUUUCAUACAAGACCCCGACUACGCAACGAAACUAGACGAAUCAUCGGACGGAGUUGUAAAGUCGAGUUUAGUAAUUCGACAGAGCCAGUCCAAACACUACGGAAUGUACAAUUGCAGUGUGACCAACGAAUACGGCAAUGCUAAUGCCGCUAUAACACUAAAACCACUCAAAACAUUGCCCCUAUUUAUAAUAAUAACGGGAGUGACAUCAGGUAUCAUAUUCUUCUCUGCCUUCAUUGUGCUCGUAGUACUUUGCCACAGGCGGAGAAGACAGAAGACACAGAUUAACGAAAAACCAGAUGUGACAGUGACAGGUGAUCCAUAUAACAAAGAAAGUGAUAGAAGCUCGAAUAUCAGUGACUUGAAAUUACAAUUGCCUCAGGGCGACAGUUAUGAUUUGGAGUACACCAGUUCCGAUCGUUCGGAUUCAAAGAAUCCCAACGGUUUGCCGCUGGCUGGACCAGUAGCACUCCCAACGAUACGACACGAUGAUCCGAUGUUGCAAUUCCGUUAUAGCAACGAUUAUUCUGACCAAAGUUACGGAGACCAUUACUUUAAAAACCCAGGUGCUUACGUAUACGACUACCCGCAAGGAUAUGUGCCGCCUCCACAUUUGAGAGUGCAAUCGCCACCACAACUUGAUGUGCCGUCGACGAGGUCUCUACAAGGCUCGCUGACGCGCAGCAUCGACACGGCAUCAACGUUGCCGCUGUCAAACGGCAACGGAUCGCAGAAUAAUUCAUUGCAACGUCCUAAACCGGAAGCAACGGACGCUAUCAAUAAUUUAGGACUGCCCGUCGGCGGGGAAGGUCCACAAGUGCCAGUGCCCCCACAGACGGGUAAAACCGGGGUAGAUUUGCGGUACGCCGCCACUUACGGCAACCCGUACCUUAGAAAUAGUUCACUUGGUUACCCCGUACAUACAGCAAAGCCUGGAUCGACGCCUGCGCCGCCGCCAUACUCAGCAAUAAGAAAUUCCCAGCACAUGCCGUCAGGUACAUAAUGGGUACAUAAUAGGUGAUGUGCACCAAGCGACGCAUGUAUAGCAGGAAAGCCGCUUAGUGUAGAAAUGACACAAGUGAAAAGUGAUAGUGACUUUGACAGUUCUUGAUUUGUAAAAAAUAAGUUAGGCUAGUAUUAGUCUUGAACUUUUUACUCGAGGAGACGAUGUCAGCUGCCAUAAAGGUUAUAUCCAGCUUGAUUUAUGGUUUACAACACUAAUGGUAACCAUUGACCAGUCUGUAUUUUCAAUAUGUUGUUGUUGGAUUAUAGGCCGGCAACGCACUGGCAGCUCUAUGGUAAUGUGAUUGUCUAUGGGCGGCGGUUAUAUAAAAAAAUCCCGACUACCGAUAAUUUCGAUUAAUUUAAAAAACACAGUUAAAGUAUAGUAUACUCUCAUAGUCAAUGUCAUAACUUUGUGAAUUUAAGAUUUGAUGGUUAAACAAAAUUUCAUUGAUUUUGCGAGGAAAACAGCGUUACAAGUCUAGUUCCAGAAUUAGAAUCUACACGAAAUUUUGAUUCAAUAAGGAGACUUUGAAAUAUAGUAGCUUUUUGUAAUAUAUUAUGUUCCUAAAUGCGACUGAAUGUAAAUAUUAGUAUAAGUGUAUAAAAUGUAUAAAACCGGUUCGUGCAUGCUUUAAUUACAGUAGAUAAAUAAUGACGUGUAAGAGACGAAUCUAAAAUGACGGCGCAAGACAUGAUUGGAUUCGUUUUUUAGCGACGCGACUUAUAAUAUCGUUUUAUAGUUUUUAUUAUACCAAUUGUAUAAUCCAUUUGCUAUUUAAUGAAUUUAAUAAAAUGUAUCAAUUAGACCAUUUUAUAUAUGAUAUCAAAUCGAGAAGCAGAGUUAUUUAUUAGCUAAUCUGAAAUAGUAAAGUUGUUUUUCACGCAUUUAUGUAGAAGGAUGUCUUCAAAGAUGCAUUUAAUGAAAAUAUUUGUCUAAUUUUCUUACGCAACCAACGAACGAACGAAAAAUUAAAUACUGUGAUAAAAUUAGAUAAAAGUAUUUCGAAUUAUGGUCAGUUUAAUUUUUUAUUAUGUAUGUUAAAGGUGAUUAAAAUGCAUGUUAGAUAUUGCAUGCAGUUUUGACAUUUCUUUGUUUUUCAAUAAAUACGAUGACACCAUA